CCCAUCCAUUGAUACAUGUAUCGAGCGAGCCCUGACACAGCUACUUACAAGCUCCCAGCUUUCGAAUUACAAUAAAUCCCCUCGUCCCUCAAGCUUCCAGUUCAUCCCGUCCUUCCUCUCUUCCUCUUCUCGUCCUCCGUGCUUCCAACCUCUUUUGCUGGCUCUCUACCAUACUUGCUGUAGUUGCUGUCAGCUGCUUUGCUUCGUUGUUUGUGCUACUCCAUAAGAUACCACUCAACAACCAUCCGUACCUACUCGCAUCCACCACCGUCAUACCCCCCCACCACCGACACCCACUUUCUGUCCCUCUCGGUCGGACGGGUGUUAAUAGAGUAGAGCUGUGCUCGCCUGUCAUCGAAGCUCCUCCCUACUCUCUCUCUCCCCGGUAGAGAAGACAACAAGCAGCAGCUACCCCCCAGAGCUACCCCUCGGCUCUUAAUCUUCACCUCUCGUGUCGAAUCGAUACCCCCUCGGCUCAACUUCCGCAGCCCACACACCACCACAAACCACAAACCAGCUGUCACAGCAGAACAAGCAACAACCACAGUUGCGCGCUUCAAACUUCGGUCUUCGGCUCAUCAGUCCCCCCUGGCCUUGUACCCGCGCCGCCGCAUCCUGCUGCGCCUGAUCUGCACCUGAGGAGAAAAAAAAGCCAGGCGGCAGAAGUCCAAACCCAGCGGCACGUCCGAACCGGCCCUGGACCCAGACCUAGACCGGCUUAAAGCUUGGGAGACCUGGGAGAUAACCCCACCAACCCAAACCAAAGUUACCCAGACCAAACCACCCCGCCAACCGACACCCCGACGCAAUUGUCUCGCAACUGAGACCUCAACAGCUUCCCCUGCUCCUCGGUCCAUUCAAAUACGGGCCGUCGUAGCUUCUGAAUCCGUUCGGUCUUCUCCUCCUUCUUCCUGUCCCCUCUCCUCACACACACACAACCGCCCAGUAUGGCUCAAACACAGGUCACCUUCAACGAUGUCUUCGAGGACGGCGACGUUGAGGAGGUCCAGAAGGACCCCCAGACCAUCCACCACAUCCGCGCCAACUCGAGCAUCAUGCACCUGAAGAAGAUCUUGGUGGCCAACCGUGGUGAAAUUCCCAUUCGUAUUUUCAGAACAGCCCACGAGCUUUCGCUGCACACCAUCGCAGUCUUCAGUUAUGAGGACCGUCUCUCCAUGCACAGACAGAAGGCCGAUGAGGCAUACGUCAUUGGCAAGCGCGGCCAGUACACCCCGGUCGGUGCUUAUCUCGCUGGAGACGAGAUUAUCAAGAUUGCCGUCGAGCACGGCGCGCAAAUGAUCCAUCCUGGUUAUGGUUUCCUCUCAGAAAACGCCGAAUUCGCUCGCAACGUCGAGAAGGCCGGCCUGAUCUUCGUUGGUCCCUCCGCCGAUGUCAUUGACUCGCUCGGUGACAAGGUCUCUGCCCGAACUCUCGCUAUCGCUGCCGGUGUCCCCGUCGUUCCCGGUACCGAAGGCGCCGUCGCCACCUUUGAGGAGGUCAAGAGCUUCACCGAUCAAUAUGGUUUCCCUAUUAUCAUCAAGGCUGCCUACGGUGGUGGUGGUCGUGGUAUGCGUGUCGUCCGCGACCAGGAGACCCUGAAGGAGAACUUUGAGAGAGCCACCUCCGAGGCCAAGUCCGCCUUCGGCAACGGCACAGUCUUUGUCGAGCGAUUCUUGGACAAGCCUAAGCACAUUGAGGUCCAGCUUCUCGGUGACAACCACGGCAACAUUGUCCACCUGUACGAGCGUGACUGCUCCGUCCAGCGUCGUCACCAGAAGGUCGUCGAGAUCGCCCCCGCCAAGGACCUUCCCUCCGACGUCCGCGAUGCCAUUCUCAACGACGCCGUCAAGCUGGCCAAGUCGGUCAACUACCGCAACGCCGGUACCGCCGAGUUCUUGGUCGACCAGCAGAACAGAUACUACUUUAUCGAGAUCAACCCCCGUAUCCAGGUCGAGCACACCAUCACGGAAGAGAUCACGGGUAUCGAUAUCGUGGCCGCUCAGAUCCAGAUCGCUGCCGGUGCCACACUGCAGCAGCUUGGUCUGACCCAGGACCGCAUCUCCACCAGAGGUUUCGCCAUUCAGUGCAGAAUCACCACCGAGGACCCCGCCAAGGGUUUCCAGCCUGACACCGGAAAGAUCGAAGUCUACCGCUCCGCUGGUGGUAACGGUGUCCGUCUCGACGGUGGUAACGGUUUCGCCGGUGCUGUCAUUACCCCUUACUACGAUUCCAUGUUGGUCAAGUGCACCUGCCACGGUUCCACCUACGAAAUUGCUAGGAGAAAGGUCCUCCGUGCCCUCGUCGAAUUCCGUAUUCGCGGCGUCAAGACCAACAUUCCUUUCCUCGCUUCCCUCCUUACUCACCCCACCUUCAUUGACGGCAACUGCUGGACCACCUUCAUCGACGACACUCCUCAGCUGUUCGACCUCAUUGGCAGCCAGAACCGUGCUCAGAAGCUUCUCGCCUACCUCGGUGAUGUCGCCGUCAACGGUAGCAGCAUCAAGGGCCAGAUUGGCGAGCCCAAGUUCAAGGGCGACAUCAUCCUUCCCGAGCUCCUCAACGAGGAUGGCUCCAAGAUCGACGUCUCCGCGACCUGCACGAAGGGCUGGAGACAGAUCAUCACCGAGCAGGGCCCCAAGGCCUUCGCCAAGGCUGUCCGUGAGUACAAGGGAACGCUGCUCAUGGACACCACAUGGCGUGAUGCCCACCAGUCUCUGCUGGCCACCCGUGUCCGUACCGUCGACUUGCUCAACAUUGCCAAGGAGACUAGCCACGGUCUGAGCAACCUGUACUCCCUGGAAUGUUGGGGAGGUGCCACCUUCGAUGUUGCCUACCGCUUCCUCUACGAGGACCCCUGGGACCGUCUUCGCCGCAUGAGAAAGGCAGUUCCCAACAUUCCCUUCCAGAUGCUUCUCCGUGGAGCUAACGGUGUUGCGUACUCGUCGCUUCCCGAUAACGCCAUCGACCACUUUGUCGAGCAUGCUAAGAAGAACGGUGUCGACAUUUUCCGUGUCUUCGACGCCCUGAACGAUAUCGACCAGCUCGAGGUCGGUAUCAAGGCCGUCCACAAGGCCGGCGGUGUUGUUGAGGGUACCGUGUGUAUCUCUGGCGACUUGUUGAACCCCAAGAAGAAGUACAACCUCGAGUACUACCUCGACCUUGUCGACAAGCUCGUCGCUCUCGACAUCCACGUCCUUGGCCUCAAGGACAUGGCUGGUGUCUUGAAGCCGUACGCUGCCACUAAGUUGGUCGGUGCCAUCCGUGCCAAGUACCCCGAACUCCCCAUCCACGUCCACACCCACGACUCCGCCGGUACUGGUGUUGCGUCCAUGGUCGCCUGCGCCAAGGCUGGUGCUGACGCUGUCGACGCUGCCACGGACAGCUUGUCCGGCAUGACCUCUCAGCCGAGUAUCAACGCCAUCAUUGCCUCUCUCGAGGGCAGUGAGCACGACACCGGCUUGAACCCUGCCCACGUUCGUGCUUUGGACUUCUACUGGUCCCAGCUGCGUCUCCUCUACUCUCCUUUCGAGGCCCACCUCAGCGGUCCCGAUCCCGAGGUGUACGAGCACGAGAUCCCCGGUGGUCAGCUCACCAACAUGAUGUUCCAGGCUUCCCAGCUUGGUCUUGGUACCCAGUGGGCCGAGACCAAGAAGGCCUACGAGCACGCCAAUGACCUUCUUGGCGACAUCGUCAAGGUCACUCCUACCUCCAAGGUUGUCGGUGACCUUGCCCAGUUCAUGGUCUCCAACAAGCUGUCCGCUGAGGACGUCAAGGCUCGCGCCAGUGAGCUCGACUUCCCCGGCUCUGUCCUCGAGUUCCUUGAGGGUCUCAUGGGCCAGCCGUACGGCGGAUUCCCCGAGCCUCUGCGCUCCGAUGCCCUCCGCGGCCGCAGAAAGCUGGACAAGCGCCCCGGUCUGUUCCUCGAGCCCGUCGACUUCGCCAAGAUCAAGCGCGAUCUGCACAAGAAGUUCGGCGGCCCCGUUACGGAGUGCGAUAUCGCCGCGUACGUCAUGUACCCCAAGGUCUUUGAGGACUACAAGAAGUUCAUCCAGAAGUACGGCGAUCUCUCCGUCCUGCCGACAAAGUACUUCCUGUCUCGUCCCGAGAUUGGUGAGGAGUUCCACGUCGAGCUCGAGAAGGGCAAGGUUCUCAUCCUCAAGCUCUUGGCCAUUGGUCCUCUCAGCGAGAACACUGGCCAGCGCGAGGUGUUCUACGAGAUGAACGGUGAGGUCAGACAGGUCACUGUCGACGACAACAAGGCCUCCGUCGAGAACGUCAGCCGUCCCAAGGCCGAUGCUUCCGACUCUAGCCAGGUCGGCGCUCCCAUGGCCGGUGUGCUCGUUGAGCUCCGUGUCAAGGAGGGCUCUGAUGUCAAGAAGGGCGACCCCAUUGCUGUUCUCAGCGCCAUGAAGAUGGAAAUGGUUAUCUCCGCCCCGCACAACGGCAAGGUCGCGACCCUCCAGGUUAAGGAGGGCGACUCAGUCGACGGUUCCGACUUGGUGUGCAGAAUUGUCAAGGCUUAAACGGGAUAAGGGGUUCAUGGCUGGGUUACGGCAAAGCGGCAACUUUCUUUGAAUUCUUUAUUUAUGAUUCCAAAUAUUUAGCGAGAAAACCAAAGAGGCAUGGAAUUCGACAUGAGAAAAAUGUCUGGGGCGCGAUGAACGGUUUAUAUUGGUAGUUUGAAUUGAA